AUGACGGGAGUUUCUUGGUUCAAUGGCAACAACGACAACGAUGGCAACGGAGGCAAAUCCUUUUCCAUCAAAGAAGCGGCGCAAGCAUUGUAUCCUCCCAAACAAGGAUUGAUCAAAGCUUCUACACAACAAGGUCGAUUUUCUACGCUAUUGUUAGAGCAUGGAGAAGAACACAUUCAAGAUUGGGCUGUCAUUGUCUAUUCCUCUCCCAUUUCUUCUUCCGCAAAUCCAGUCUUUUCCAAUGUCAGCAGUCCGCGUCACAAGAAGCCUCCAGAGACGACCUGGGCCCAAGGCAAUUCACUUCAAUCUUCUUCAACAGCUGCUGCCAACAACAGCAACAAAAAGUCCAAAAGUAAAUCCAAAAGGAAGAAAUACGACAAGGAUUCUUAUCCAACUGUUCACAUGACCAAAAUUGAAGGACGCUUGCAUUUGUGUUCCAAAUCGAUUGUCUUGGAACCAAAUGAUAUUUCUCGCCCUAUCGUUCGAAUUCCCUUUUCGAAAAUGGACGAACCGCCCAAAGAAUUUCCCAGUAGCAAUCUAACCACAACGACGGGCGACUUUGAUCCCAUGUGCAUUGAAUUUGCGAGCACCAAACACACCAUUUGCAAGGCCAACAAUUGCAUUGGAGCUUCGGAAGGAGUGGGUUGCUCGACCAACUUCAAGGUGACAUUUUUGCACUCGUCGCCAACAUCUUGUGUUAAAUUGUGUCAGCAACUAUUUCAAAUCAUGCAGUUUUACAAGCCAGGCCAUGGAACUUCGCCAGAAUUGGAAGAGUUGCUCAAACCAAUGUUGGAUCGUCCCUUUGAUCCCACCAAUUUGUACGAUGUUCGAGAACGACCGCUCACCUCCAAUCUACGGUGCUCUAUUUUUACGCCACUUCAGCAACAGAGGGGAUGUCUCGUCAUGACGCAAGAGCGGAUUUACUUUCAAUUUGCCCAAGGAGUUUUGGAAGGAGACUCGAGGGCCAUUUCCUGGCAUCCUGCUGACAUUCAAGCGUAUGCGAGACGAUAUCACGGAUUGAAGGAUUCGGCGGUGGAAAUCUUUUGGAAGGACCAAACGUCUACGCUGUUGGCCUUGGAGAGGACGCACGAACGAGAACAAGUGGUUCGACUCUUGCCCAACAAUGUUCCAUGUCAUACCGAUCGAGAAUUCUUGUUGCAAGCAUCGCAAGACUGGCAAAAGAAGAUUAUUACCAACUAUGAUUAUUUACUGCUAGUCAAUUCGGCAGCGGGAAGAAGCUUUCAAGACUUAUCCCGGUAUCCAGUCUUCCCUUGGGUCAUUGCCGAUUACACUUCGGCAAAACUUGAUUUGACCAAGGAGUCGACCUUUCGGGACAUGACCAAACCAGUGGGGGCACUCAAUCAAGAACGAUUGAAUUAUUUUCAACAGAGGUACGAAUCCAUGAGGGACAUGGAAGAUCCAUUCUUGUAUGGAACGCAUUAUUCGGCGGCUGGUUAUGUUUUGUACUAUUUGGUUAGAAGUAUGCCGGAGCAAAUGUUGUGUCUGCAAAAUGGAAAAUUUGAUGCACCUGAUCGUAUGUUUCACAGCAUUGAUCACUGCUACAGAUGCGUCCUUAGCAAUCAUGCCGAUGUGAAGGAACUGAUUCCCGAAUUUUAUAAUCCCAACAACGAUUAUGACUUUCUUAUUAAUGCCCGGGGGCUUCAAUUGGGUGCUACGCAGACUGGAGAUCGAGUGAAUGAUGUUUCGUUGCCUCCUUGGGCCAGGUCUCCAAGGCAUUUUCUCAAAAUGAAUUCCAAGGCGCUCGAGUCGGAGAUAUGUACGCAAAUGCUACCGCGGUGGAUUGAUUUGGUGUUUGGAAGCAAAUCGAGGGGAGAGGCAGCCAAAGAAGCACACAACCUAUUUCACACGUCAUCGUACAUGGGACCAUCGGAUUUGGCAUCCUUGGCGACACCGGAAGAACGGUUUCAGGCCGAACUGCAAGCGACAGAGUUUGGCAUUGUUCCCGAUCAGCUCUUUAUUGGACCACAUCCACUCCGACAUGAAACUGUAGAUGACUCCUUUGUUAAGCCAGACAUUGGACGGGCUUCCUUUAGUGGGACGGAAGAAGGCAAGGGAGAGGGUGCUUGGGAGUUGCUGGAGACUCCAUCUACCAACUUCAUGGAUCAACCAGAACAAGAUCAACAGCCAGAAUUUCUCAAUCCAAUUCCCACCAAUUCUUCGGAAUCAGACUUUGGGUCAGAAGGUCUGAAUCGACAUCAUCCGUUUAAUGAUCUUUACGGAGGAACUGGGCCAAAUCCCCAAAAGAGUCGCAAGAAUGAUCAUCCUGGAAUUCCUUUGAGUGGAACUGGUGAUUUGUCUGAAAAGUCGGACCGAACGGGCACUGGAUUUGGAGGCAUCCCACCUGCGCUGUCGAAUGCAUCAUCUUUCAGCGCAGGUCCCCUUUCACCAACAGCAACCGACCAUGCAAAUGCUCGAGCUUCCGCGUCCACGGAAUGGGAUAUCAAAUUUAUUGAAAAGUCUCGUAUUCAUGCAGAUACAGUGAGUGGAUGCUCUGUGAUUAGCGGAACCCCACCAAACAACCAAUCCAUACUGGCCACCACUUCAUUAGAUGGUGGUCUCAAGAUUCACAACGUUUCCUUGGCAGCCAAGGAGGCUGAAGAAUCUGCCAAGCAACAAGGAAUCACAAGUACGUUGAGCCGGUUCUCGUAUAUUACCAUGAGUCGGGCAGCUGGAAGCAGUUCCAGUCAGCCCAAAUUGUCCGAAUUCCGAUCGCACACAUCCCGAGACGCACUUGCUUGUCUUGCUCUUAUUAGCGAUGGGCAUGGUGGCAAGAUUGCUUUUGCGGGGGGGCACGAUGAUGUGGUCUUUGCCUAUGGGAUUACCAGUGGAUGUGCAGUGGCAUCAGUCUACUCACAUCGCGAUGCUGUCACUGGAUUGGACGUCAUGGAUAGACCUUACUUUGUUCCAGAAUCAAAACUAUGGAGAGAUCAGUCGACUCAUAUUAUGGUCAGUGGCAGUUGGGAUGCCACAGUCAAGGUUUGGUCUGUGAUAGUCUCAAAUGGUGAAACUGUGUCGAUCGACCGCGAGCCUCUGGCCGAACUAUUUGAUGCCGAUUCGCCGAUUGUGUGUGUUUCGUCAGCUUGUGUCCCGAACGAAGAAAGUGUAGUAAUUGGUGCUGGAUGUGCAGAUGGAAGCUUUUGUGUGUGGAAGAUUCACGGCGAUGGGGUUAAGGUUGUGAUCCACAAAGAGCAAGCCAAACGCGGAUCUGGUCCAUGCUCGGUGUUGAAGUGGUCAACAAUGAGUGGCAAAUUGCACCUAUUCACUGGACUUUCUACCGGCAAGGUGGCCUCUUUCACUCUGAAGGAUGGAUCGAUGAAAAAAAUUAGUGCUGCAUCGGUGGGAGUAGCAGUUCAAUGCCUAGCGUAUUCAGAAAAUAUUCUAUUGGUGGGCUGUUCGGAUGGAGGGCUUCGAUUGAUUCCAACCCGCGAAGGCGCUCAAUUCACCACAGAUCUAUCGCUGUGGCCAUCGGUCAAUAAUAAAUCGGCACCGGGCCUCAGCUGCCUCAGUAUGUCGUUUGUGGGCAACCCGACCGAUGGUUCCGGAAAGUGCGUUUGCUGCACCGGUGCCGAAGAUGGCAGUGUUGCGUUGUUUGAAUUGAAGCGAGCGCAUCGAUAA